AAAGAAAAAAAGAAAAAAACAACGGAGAGAAAUGAAACCGAUCUGCAAGAUGGCAAGAAAUUCCAUAUCCUCCUCCCCAGUUCGCAACAGAUCGAGUUCCACCACGCUCGUCCCGCUCCCGCAUUUCUGAAAUCGCGAUCGCCGUCUUCAACCUCGGGAAAAACCCUAGCGGAUCCCCUCCGGUCGCCAAUUCGUCUCCUGAUCCCCGCCGUCGCCCAUGCCGCCGUCGAUCCCGCCGCGCCCCCUCUCGCCGUCGAUCUCCAGCUGAUCGCGUCUCCGAUUUUGCUCCCCGCCCCGGCGCGAUGGUGGUCUGCAAAUGCCGCAAGGCUACGAAGUUAUACUGCUUCGUGCACAAGGUCCCUGUGUGUGGAGAAUGCAUAUGCUUUACGGAGCACCAAAUAUGCGUGGUUCGUACUUACUCAGAAUGGGUUAUAGAUGGCGAGUAUGAUUGGCCUUCUAAAUGCUGCCAGUGUCAAGUUGCGCUCGACGAGGGGUCUGGCCCUCAAACUACUCGACUUGGUUGCCUGCAUGUCAUACACACAAAUUGCUUGGUUUCGCAUAUCAAAAGCUUUCCCCCUCACACUGCUCCCGCUGGUUACGUAUGUCCUGCGUGUUCCACACCGAUAUGGCCUCCCAAGAGUUUUAAAGAUUCAGGAUCACGUUUUCAUUCGCAGCUGAAGGAAGCUAUUGCGCAGAGUGGUAUGGAGAAGAACUUGUUUGGAAACCAUCCAGUUGUAAAAACAGAGGCCUAUGGACCUCCACAUGCCCCGGAUCUUUCAGUCUCUGUGCCAUCAUCUUCUGCAUCCUCGAUGUUAAAGGAUGGAAUGUAUGCAAACGGAUCUUCUUCAGAUAUUGUGGAGAUAGACGUUCCCAGUUCAGCAGGGAAUUUCAUAAAAAGCUCAAGUCCUGUUGGUCCUGGCGCUACGACAAGAAAAGGUGCUCUCCUAGUUGAUCGGCAAAAUUCUGACAUGUCAUAUUUUGCUGAUGAUGAAGAUGGGAAUAAGAAGAAGUACAGUCGAAGAGGCCCAUUUCGCCAUAAAUUCCUUAGGCUCUUGCUUCCUUUCUGGUCAAGUGCAUUGCCUACUCUGCCAGUGACUGCACCUCCACGCAAAGAGUCAUCACAUGCAGAUGAUGCUCCAGAAGGUCGCACGCGGCAUCAAAGACAAUCGAGGAUGGAUCCAAGGAAGAUGCUAUUAGUUAUCGCAAUCAUGGCUUGUUUGGCAACUAUGGGCAUACUGUAUUACCGAAUUGCACAGAGGAGCUUUGUAGAUGACCUGCACCAUGAUGAGCAGCAGUGAGCGCGAUUCAAGGCAAUGGAAUUGUGUGCGCAAGUUUUGUUUGUAGACAUCCCAGUGAGUGGUAUCUGCAUCUUCUGUUGUUCCCUGCUUGUCUCUUUAAAUGGAUCCGGUUCUAGUCAUCUCUGGUAGGAAGGGAACUUCUGCGUCUGUGUAGCAUGAGACCAUAAUUGUUUAAUUGAUGAGAUUCGAUAAUGGUAUUAGUCUUGUGCUGAAAUGAGAAAUUGGUUGAAGAGAGAACCAUUGGGGAUUUUUUUUUUCAUGUGAUACCUCCUCUUUAGUCUAAACCUUGCACGAGCUCCAUUUCUUA